AUGAGCUAUUUUGUAGGACUGGAUGUUUCGCUGCGUACUGUAGCGCUGUGCGUUGUGGACGCUGAUGGUGAUAUUAUCGUGGAACGAAUGUUAGACUGCGAGGUCGAAGCGAUUGAUGACUACCUUCGCAAGUCUGGAGAGCCGAUUGCCAAGCUAGGCUUUGAAGCCGGCGUUAUAAGCCAGAUGCUGUUUCAUGGGUUACAGGCCCUCGGAUAUGACGUUGUGUGCCUGGAAGCGCGUCAGGUCAGUGCAGCCUUGUCGGCUAACCACACAUUAUAA